GUCAUCAUGGAGGGGUCUGUGUCAUAAUAAGAGUACCUCCUAGAGCAAACUGUCAAUAUAAAAGUCCCCCAUGGUCCAGAUAGCAUCUAUGAGGUCAGAGAGGGAACUCUGUCAUAAUAAGAGUCCGUCAUGUUCAACAUAGAAUCAUUGAACCUAUAGGAUGGAACCAGACCAUGUCAUAAUGAGACCCCAUGGAUAAGGCUGAUCCAGCAGCUGCCUUCUCCCCCAUCUGUCCCCUGCAGGUGGCAAAGCCAACAACUGGGAGGGCGGCAUCUGGGUGCUGGGCAUUCUGUGCUGGCCUGGGGUCAUCCCUGCCGGAUGCGAGGUGGAUGCGGCCACAAGCAACAUGGACAUCUUCCCCACCGUGGCUGAGCUCACAGGGGCGCUGCUGCCCCACAACAGGUGAUUGCCAGAUGCAGGCUCUGCCCCAGGGUGAUUGACAGAUGGGACAUGGGACCCCCAAAGUCAAUCUCACACAAGCCUUCCUCUCAGGGUGAUUGACAGAUGCAAGCCCUGCCCCCAGGGUGGUUGACAUAUGGGACCUGGGAUUCAAGGAAGACUCCCCCAGGGACCCCAAAGUCAGUCACGCACAAGCCCCCACUCCCCCAGGGUGAUUGAUGGGUGGGACCUGAUGCUCCUCCUCUGGGGGCAGAGCCAGCGGUUGGCCCAUGAGUUCCUGUUCCACUACUGCAACGCCUACCUGCAGGCCGUGCGCUGGCUGCCAUACAACAGUGAGUGUGCAUCCCAGGGCAUGCUGGGAAGGGCGGUCAUGGACCCUGGGGCAUGCUGGAUAGAGGUAGAUGUCAGCCCCGUGAUUUAUUGAUUGACAGGUCAUCCCCAUGAUUGACAGGUCAUCCAUAGUUGAUUGACAGGUCCUCCAUGACUGAUAGUCCUGGCCCAGCCCUUCCCUGUGACUGACAGACCUGGCCCCACCCGCAACCCUGACAGCCCAGCCCCAUCCCUCCCCAUGACUGACAGCCUGGAUCCGCCCCCAGGCUCAGCCGUGUUCAAGGCCUUCUUCACGCCCAAGUUCCGCCCAGCUGGCGCCAACAGCUGCUUCCCCACCCACGUGUGCCUGUGCCAGGGUCCCACCCACAUGACGAGCUAUGACCCACCCCUGCUCUUCAACCUGGCCCGUGACCCUGGCGAGGCUGCGCCCCUCACACCACACACCGAGCCGCACCACCAGGCAAUCCUAGGGGCCAUCCUAGAGGUGGUGGCAGAGCACCGGGGCUCUGUGUCCAAUGUCCCCAACCAGCUGGCCCCACAUGGUCUGGAAGCCAUGGCUGAAGCUCUGGGCGGCUGGGGCCUCAGGGCCGUAGCCAUGCACCUGCUGGGCAGCUGGGGCCACUCCCAACAUGGCUGUUGGCCAUCUUUGUCACACACACAAAUCUGGCUCCAUCCGUGGCUGUUGGCCAUCUUUAUCUUGGACAUGGUCCUGGGGCCACGUGUGGCUCGGUCGGCCAUCUUUAUCCUGGACAUGAACCUGUGGCUCCAUCCAUGGAUCAGUCGGCCAUCUUUGACACAGACAUGAACCUGGGCUCAGGGUCCACAAUGACUCCCAUAAAGUGUUCAUCACAAACGAAGCAACAGGUGUUCCUUAUAGAUGCAGAUGAACCAACUGGGAACCUGUCCGUCUGCCUCAGAGCCUGCCCCCAACUGUACCAGGAACCUGUCACUCACCCUCAGAGCCCGCCCCUGACUGGACUGGGAAACCGUCAAUCCAGCCCUGGUUGUGCAGAAUGGAGCAGGGAUCAGGGGUGGCCCUCAGAGGAUCUUCAGGGGCCCAGGUGGAGACCCCAGGUCUCUUGGAGCAGCUGUCAGUCACAGAGAAGCCAUGCUGUCAGUCACUGCACAGCAGAGUCAGUCCCUGGCACUGAGCACUUUCUGCUGAGUCACCACAAGAGCUGAUAGCUGCAUGACUUGGCAGGUGUAAAACCAUGACUCAGCAGGUGUAGAAACAUGACAGCAUGUAUGGAAAGCAUGACUCAGCAGGCAUGGAAGGGUGAUUCAGCAAGUAUAUGACUCAGCAGAUAUGGAAACAUGACUCAGCAUGACAGCAGAUAUAGAAAUCAUGACUUGGCAGGUAUGAAACCAUGACUUAGCAGGUAUAGAAACAUGACUUGGCAA